UGACACACGUUGCGCGUUUCUGGCUCCUAUUGCGUUGACUAAAAAAAAAAUUUCUAAAACAAUGGCUGAAGCUAAGUUUUCACUGUCGCAUUCAAAUAAUGCAGCAGCCUUCAACGACCAAAUACGCUGCAAAUUCAUUCAAGCACCUCCACCUCAGGCUAGCUUGAAAACGGGAAACCUCUACUCGAUAGAGAAGUUCCAAACAAGCAAAUUUUGUAGAGUUAGAUGUGCCAGUUUUCAUCCGAUUCACUCCAAUGUUCUGGCCUGUGGUUUACGUGAUUGUAACCGCGUAAUCGUGUUUGAGGGGCCAGACUCUUCAAGUGCACUAACAAAAUGGGAAGCUAAUAGUCGUCAACUGAUUGUUGGCGAAAUUAACGAAUUUGUAACAUCCGUCGAGUGGAAUAACGACGGGACCCAGUUAGCUGCCAUCUGUUACAAUGGCUUGAUUGCCGUUUGGAAUUAUCCAAAUAAUGCCAAGCUAUUUGAAUACCCCACCAUGAUUUUGCAGCACUCGGAAAUUGUCUGGAACCCAUUCGAUCCUAACGUGCUGGCUGUUUAUAAGCCCCCGACAUCUGUGAAUGACUUCCUGAAUGAGUUUGUGAUUUUAUGUUCGACGACGCAACAACCACUACUUAAAAGAUUCGUAUCAGAAUCCGAUUGGUUCUCCACCGUCAAGUGGAUCUCCUCUAACCGAAUAGCGUGCGGCUACGAGAGUGGAGAAUUAAAAAUUCUGGAAGUAGAAACAGACGACAAUAACGUAACAAUGUUGGAGGGACACGACGAUGAACGGGUGCGCUCUCUUGCAUGGAACGAAAAAUUGAAAUGUUUAGCUUCUUGUUCAGGAGACAAAACGAUUAAGAUCUGGGCUGCCGACUCUAACAUACUUGUCUAUAGCUUGGAGCUCGAAAAGCUGUACUGUCGCAGUAUAGUUUGGUAUUCAUCCAAGGAAGAUAAGGGUGAAGAAUUGGACUUGAUUGCGUGCGGACUUUUCAACGGGGAUAUUGUUAUCUGGUCUCCGUGCGCGGAUGAGCAUAAAUAUCUCCGAGAACAUUCCUCUCCCGUCCUUCAAGUAUUGUUUUCACCCAAUGGAGAGUUUCUUGUAUCAAAUGGUUAUGAGGAAGCAGUAGUCGUCUGGUCCACCAAGACUUGGGAGCCAAUUUACGAGUUAAGAGGAAAAUUCUGGAUAAAUUCGUGGGAUAACACUAGUUGCAAAUUGGCAAUUUCCAAUAGAAUGGAAGAGUUAAUGACGGUGAUUGAAAUAAACCCUUCCAAGUCCCACUAACGCGCAACACUGCACGGACGUCAAAUAAGGGAUAAGGAGGAUAAUAAAUUAGCCACCCCGAAAAAUAUUAUAACAGAAAUUAAAACCCAACCCAUCAACUCUUGACGACUCUUGAUUGAUUUUCAACUUUUGCGUUUUACCCGAGCAGCACUUGUGGAAUUUAGUUAUCUUUCUCCAUUUGCUUGUAUCUUGCUGAAUUGAUAGCAAAGUUUUAUUUGUUUAUUAGCCUUGAGAUAAUUGUUAUCAAGUCCUUUUGAUUGUGAGUAGAAGUAUGUAUAUACUUGCAGCUAGCAGUAAAAUAAAAACCCAUACAAUCAUC